AUGUCCGAAGUAUCCUCCCUGUGGUGGACCGACGAGAGAAUAGAAGCAACCCUCUGCCGCCAAUACGUCUUUUCGCAACUCCAACCCGACCAUCAAUCGCGCCUCUUUGAGCCUCUUCCAUGGGGCGAGGGACUUACAAGCGAGACCUAUCUCGAAUGGAUCCUCACAAAAGCCGGCAAACUCUUCCUCAUUCUGAAUGAGCUCGGUAUUCCGCACCGCAUUUUUGACUUGGCGGAUGACUUUGUUGAUGACUCGGAUCUUCCCUUUGCCGAGUCUCGAGUGCCUGAUCUGCCUUUAGUAGCUCGAGAUGAGUCUGUGUCGUCGUCAGCUGCUGCGUCGCUGAAUAACAAAUUCUUCCUUACGCAAUGGCGAUAUCUCGUUCGCGGCAUCGCCGAAGGUGAACAUGUACGCUAUACCGAGAACGAGGGCGUGCCGGUCGAAGUGCUCAAGACAAGUCUGGUGGGAUCGAAUAACAAUAGAGAUGGGGUUGAGAAAGUGGUGCUUUCCGGUGCGACUUGCCGUAUCUUUCUUCGCACGCAGGUCGGAAUUAAUGCUGCACCGUACUUCUCCGAAGAAGAUGAAGUGCUCGAAGAGAUUCGUUCGUUGAGGCAACUCGCGCAUGAACAUGUUCUCUCGAUUUAUGGCUCSUAUACAGUGGACAACAGCAUAAAUGUGCUGUUCAGUGGCGUCUAUGAGCGCUCGUUGUUGAGCUUUCUGUCCGAUACGCCCCAAAACUUUAAGAAGCUCCCGAAACCAGACCGACGUGAGAUUCUGGUCAACUGGCCUCAUUGCCUGGUCAGUGGAUUGGCCUGGCUUCAUGCCAAUGGCCACCCGCAUGGAUCAAUUCGACCAUCCAAUGUCUUGAUUGAUAGCGACUAUCGCAUUUUCUUAGGUCAUUUCGAGGGAUUAGAUACCCUUCUCGACUCUCCUAAGAUAAACGAUAUUGAAGCAUACCAAUACGCUGCACCGGAACGCUGGAUUCGCACAACUGCUAUUCAAGAAACGAACGUCGCAAAGACUUCUUUUCAUUCUGGCGGCCGGACAAUGCGUGGCCCUGGCUCAUCAUCUUCAUCCGGCUCUUCUGCUUCUACCAAAACACCGCGAGCCAGCUGGAUGACAGCCGGAUCAACGCAAUCUAGCGAAUCAAGAGGAACAGUGAUCAGGGUUGGAUCACGAAAUUCAUUGGUCUCUUCCUCCUCAUCCUCAGCGUCAGGCGGUUCAGGGGGCAGUCACGGCAAGUCCGCACACAAACUCUUUCGCACAAAACCAAUCCUCUACACACCAUCGAUCCAUUCCUCGAAUCUAGCAUCUGAUUCUCGAACUCGACCCGUUACUGCCCCCGAGAGUGCAGCCAGUAUUCCUUUCGUCCCACACAACACAGCCCUAGUACGAACCUGGCAAUCCCAACAGGUCGACGCACAGCUGUCCGAUGUAUUCUCCCUGGGAGCGGUCAUCACUGACAUUUUUACAUUUUUCUGCGAACGCAAGAUUUCCUCAUUUGCAAACCAUCGAAGUGCCAAAAAUCGUACCCCUGGCCGUGGAGGAGGUGUAGCAGAUGCAUCAUUCCAUCUCGUCACUAACCUUCCACAAGUCACAUCUUGGCUUACGCUGCUGACGGCAGAUUCCAAGAAGCGAAAGGGUCUUGCUUUUAGGGCUGUUGAGCCCAUGCUCGCUGUUGUGCGGGACAUGGUUGCGCGAGCCCCUGAGAGGCGACCUUCUGCGGAAGAGGUAGAAGCGAGGUUUGCGCAUACCAUUCGACAGUUGGAAGGGAUUAUAAUUGCGCAUUGCAAACAGGCUCCAUCGAACACCGUUGCGUCGUAUGUGAAGAAACCUUCUACGCCACCUGCACCGGUGGACAUGCCAUUACCCCCAUCACCAAACCUGUAUCCAAGGGAGUACAAUAGUCUCCGCGCAGGGUCAAGACCGAGAAAACAAGAGAUCCUCGACGACGAAGAUCUCGAGCCCACCAUCCCCAAUUUCGCCGACCUCUCCAAUAAACGUGCGAAACCAAAAGACCAACAGCGGCCACUACAACGUCUGGAUAUCGGCAAUCACGAUUUUGAUUUCGGUUUCGCCUCAAGACAACGGCAGCAACAACAACAACAGUACCGAGACGACCAAAGCCCUACUUCGACCGACUCAUCAUCUACACCGCCGCCUUCAUCAGGAAAUUCGUACUCAUCAUUUCAUCAUCAGGAGCAGAUGCUCGGAAUGCGCCAGUACCACCAACAAAACAGACAGAAUAAUAGAGACAAGAAAUACGACGAAAACCGGGACAAGAAGGAUAAAAACACCACCAACGCAGCGACCAUAGAUGAAACGAUCCUUCAUCUCCGCAAGGCGCUUGAAGAGAAACUAAACCGCGAAUAUGAUGAUGAACACCACAACGACAACAAUGAUGAUAAUGAUGAUGACGAGAACAAACGGAGAAGGAGGAGGAGGAGGGAUGAUAGGAGGCGGUACUUGGAUGAUUUGGCGCUGACUCUGAACGGGACUAAUAUAAAUUUACCUAGAUAUGAGGCCUAA